AUUCAGUCAUUGCUGAGUAUUUGUGAGGAACUGAAAGUUAAUUUGCUGAGUUAAAUAAUUUAUUACGCGAUAAUUUACGAUUUUUGGUGCUUUGUGAAAUUCUUUAAAUUGAGUAAGAACCAUGAUUCUACCUCUUCUAACAUCAAUCCUCAUCCUCGCCUCACCAUUAUCAGCCUUGAAGUGCGAUUUUCACAUUGAUGGCUAUAAAAAUUAUAUUUGCGAGCUGUCGAACGCCACACCUAACGAACAAAGCUUUACUCACACAAUUGAUGGAUAUGACGACGCAAAUGUGACAAUAGUUUCAUCAAUUAUUGACGAGAAUUCAACUUUAGCUGUUCUUGAUGACUUUUUGAUGAGAAAAUUUGAAAACUUGAGGAAAAUUGAAAUUUCGUUCUUUCAUGUUAAGGAGGUUGCAGCAGGUGCCUUUGAAGUUUGUGAUAACAUUGAAGAAAUAUCAUUGAAUCGUAAUGAUUUGGAGGAACUGCCUGCUGGUGUGUUUAAGAGCUGCAAAAAUUUAAAAAUUCUCAAAUUGGCUUCAAAUAAAUUCACAAGAAUUCCUGUCGAUAGUUUUGAAGGGCUUGAUAGCCUGGAAGUUUUGAAAAUUGACAACAAUCCAUUAAUUGAGGUUAUGUCUGAUGACUUUAGGUAUCUAACAGGUUUGAAGCAGAUCUUCAUUUCAGGAAGUGGGAUUAAAAAAUUUAAUGACAGUAAUUUGGGAAAUUUGGAGGUUAUGGACCUUAGAAGUAAUGACUUAAUGAGUUUUGAGGUUAGGAAUGCUUUAAAUCUUUGCAGUUUAAACUUAUCAAGGAAUUCACUGACGUCAUUGAGGUUCUCGAGUGGCUCAAACUUAACAGAACUUGACAUUUCUAUGAAUUCUUUAUUCAACCUUCCUAGCAGCAUUUUUAAAGAAUUAAAUAACCUCAAAAUCCUAAAACUAAGCUGGAAUCCACAAAUAUUUAAAAAUACAUCACAUAGCAUUUUCGAAGGUUUAGCAAACCUGGAAGUUUUGGAAUUUAAAUCAUGCGGGAUUACCGAAAUUUCUGGAUCUUCAUUUUAUUCGCUUGACAAUCUACAAGAACUUGAUUUAAGUCACAAUAGCAUCCAGGAGCUUCCUUACAUCUUUUCAUACAGAAAUCUAGAAAAUCUGAAAGUUUUGAAAAUUGCCUCAAAUUCUCUCAAAGGAAUCAAGUCGACGACUUUCAUGAAGCUGACUUCUUUGACAAUUUUGGAUUUAAGCCACAAUUCGAUCAAGAAAAUUGGUAAAAAUUCAUUUAAAUUCCUUGAAAAUUUGGAAAAAUUGAAUCUUGGAUCGAAUAGAAUUGAAGUUUUAGAGAUCAACAUGUUUCCAGGUGAAGGUUCGAAGCUAGUUGAGCUUGAUGUGUCUUACAAUUUGAUUAAAGCUAUUGAACCUGGAUUUUUAACUCGAAAUUUGAAGAUUUUAGGUGCCGAUAAUCCUUGUGUUGACGAAAGUGCAGGAAAUAGUUUGGAUAUCUGCUUUGGGAACUAUGAGGAACUUAAAAUUGAACCUACAACAACAACAACAGAAGCUACAACAGAUGAAAAACUAGAUUUUUCAUUACAAGACUUACUAAUCACAUUGAUUUGUAUACUUUUUAUAGCUAUUGUGUUGAUUUUUAUUGCAUUUUAUAUUAACGGAAUAUUGAAUUUAUUUGGUGUCUAUGAGAAGCCUACAGUUAAGGAUGACAUUCCUAGUAGUGUGACUUAUCAAAAAUUCUAAGAGUUGUUGUUCAAAUUUAAUCAAUUAUUUAUUGUACUUUUAAAUUUUAUCCUUAAU